AUGUCAGUACGUGAAAAGUUCCCUAAUACUUUCUACGAAGGAAACCAAGAAGAAUUUGAUUAUGAUAUCAACGAACUUGGCAGUGGGUCCUCCGUUAAACCAGAUGAAGGAGGCUCUCCAGAGGAGGAAGUGAACCCUCUAGGUUAUAAUCUUAAUCACCCAACUGCUUUUUUCAUGGUAAUCCAGGGAAUGAUUGGAACUGGUAUUUUUGCAACUCCUGGGACUGUCGUGAAAUCAAUGGGGAGCAUUGGAUCAACUUAUGUUUUGUGGGUUUCAGGUUUUUUAAUUGUGUUAGCAGAAGUAAGUGUAUAUAUUGAGUAUAUUUCCUAUUACAAAAGGCGUUCAGGUGGUGAUGCAGCUUUCUUAGAAAGAGCUUACCCUGAACCUCAGUUUCUAGUGGCUACAAUUUAUGCAGCUGUUACAGUUUGCUUAAGUUUCCUUAAUUCUAGUUCCAUUGCUUUCGGAACAUAUAUCCUACUGGCAGCUGGAUCUGAUUCAGCUUGGGCAGCAAGAGGUGUUGGAUUAGCAAGUUUAACAUUUUCUUGUAUGUUAGCUGCCAUACAUAGUAGGUGGAGUUUAAGAUUAACUAAUUUUUUGGGUGUUGUCAAAAUUGUUUUCAUCCUCUUUAUUGCCAUUAGUGGUUUGGUGGUGUUGGGAGGUGGAACAAGGGUGCAAAAUCCUCAUGAAGUUUUCAAAAAUGCAUGGGAAGGUACAACAGCUAGUGGCAAUGCGAUAGGUAAUGCCAUUUUGAAGGUUUCAUUUUCAAUGGGGGGUACUCAAUACUGUGUUAUGUUAGCUGGGGAAUCCCAUCCUAAGCAAACCAAAAACUUGUUCCGGUUUUUUGUUCCCUUUGUUGUAUUCUUUGUUUUCACUUUAUAUUUAUUGGUCAUUACUGCUUAUUAUGCUGGUAUAGGAUCAGUAGAGGAAAUUUCCAAAGCUGGUACUUUGGUCUCUUCGGUAUAUUUUUCAAAGGUUUUCGGAACUUCUGCUGCUACAAAAGCUUUAGACGUUUUAGUUGCAUUAGCUGCUUUUGGUCAUCUACUUGCAACGGUCAUUGGUCAAUCUCGUGUAUUGAGAGAAUGUGGUAGACAGGGUGUUUUACCGUACGCUAGAUUAUGGACUUCCACUAAACCUUUAGGGACCCCUAUUUUACCUAUUAUUGUUAUUUGGGUGGUGAAUGUGAUUGUCAGUGUUGCACCUCCCCCAGGUGAUGCUUUUAAUUUUGUUGUGGACAUGGGUGCUUAUGUGAUCUAUAUCUUCAGAUUCUUCUUAGUAAUUGGUCUUUUGAAAAUUAGAAGAAGAAGAAAAGCAGCUGGUUUAGGGUUUGAAGGUUGGAAAGUUCCUUUACCAAUCUUAAUCAUGAUCGCCUGUUAUGAAUUAUUUGUAAUCGCCAUGGCAUUCGUUCCUCCAGAUGACGGUACAUUGAAGGGUUCCGAUGUUUCUUUCUUCUAUUGUGCUUACUCUCUUGCAUGUUUUGGGAUCAUUGGCUUGUGCUCUUCCUACUAUUUUGUUUGGGCAAAGAUCUUACCAAAAAUUUUCAAAUAUGAACAUAGACAAUCAUUUUACUCUUUGGAAAAUGGUGAAAAGGGGAAUACAGUGGUGAAAGUUAAAUAUGAAGACUUAGCGAAGUGGGAUGCCGAGCACGAUAAGUCUGGGAAACUCAUUGGCGCUGAUGGCCAUUCUAUCGAAAAUGAAGAUUCAACUUCAGUGGAAAAUAUAACUAUUUCGGUAACUGACAAUAAUAAGCUGCCUAAGGCUUAAGAUGAGC